GUUGACGUCCAACCCGUGUGUUAUUUGUUUUGAACCCAAAUUCGCGAGGUUAUAAUUUGUUUUACCUGUGUUUUCAAAUAUCCGUUAAAAAACCAGAACAAUUUCCUUAAAAGUAUGUUUGAGUGCCAAGAAAUAUCUGCCGAACACAAGGAUUUAAUCCAUGAUGUUUCUUAUGACUAUUACGGUGAUAGAAUAGCCACUUGUUCGAGUGAUCAGUACGUUAAAGUGUGGGACAGAAACGAGGAGGGCAAAUGGAUAUUGUCUUCAUGUUGGAAAGGGCAUAGUGCUUCAGUGUGGAAAGUAACCUGGGCGCAUCCGGAAUUCGGGCAAGUUUUGGCCACAUGCUCCUUUGAUAGAACAGCCACAGUUUGGGAGGAAAUUGUUGGAGAUACUCCUGGGCCUGGCAAGAGCGGCCAAAGACACUGGAUGCGCCGAACCAACUUAGUCGAUUCCCGGACUUCUGUUACAGACGUGAAGUUUGGGCCAAAAGCACAGGGCUUGCAGCUAGCAACAUGUUCAGCGGAAGGUAUCAUUAGGAUAUAUGAAGCUCCCGAUGUCAUGAAUUUGAGCCAGUGGACACUGCAACAUGAAGUCCAAUGCAAAUUAUCCUUGAGCUGCCUCACGUGGAAUUGCAGCCUGUCCAGAGCACAUCCACCAAUGAUUGCGGUUGGCAGUGAUGAGCCUGGAUCCGGCGGCAAAGUGUUCAUCUACGAGUACAGCGAAAACAGUAGGAAAUGGAUAAAAUUGGACACUGUUUCGUGCAUCACUGAACCCGUUCACGAUAUUGCUUUUGCCCCAAACUUGGGAAGGACGUUUCAUAUACUGGGCGUCGCCACCAAUAACGUACGGAUCAUAAAUCUGACUCCAACAGACGACGAACAGUCUCAACAAAGUGGGAUUACCAAGCUAGAUAUACAAACAGUGGCCCAAUUCGAUGAGCAUGGCUCCACUGUAUGGAGGGUCUGUUGGAACGUAAAUGGCUCAGUGUUGUGUUCCAGCGGCGAUGAUGGUUGUGUUCGAAUGUUCAGAAUUCACAGCAAAACACUGUGGAAGCAGGAGGGCGUCCUUAAGGGCGACGGUAAUCAGGUUCCCACUGCUAUGGAAGCGGCCCAAAGCGGACCCCAACAUAUUCCCCAAGGAUCCCCAGUGGGUUCGAUUGCCUCGCAAACUGCCCGAUACAUCAAAUUAGGGUCAAUAUCGCAACCAAGUCGCGAACCCUGGUACUAAGCGAUGAUCAAUUGAUUCGAAAUUGGAGGUUUUUCAAGGGAUCCACGUGAGCGCAUCGUAGUAGUAAUUUCGAUUAAUUUAAUCAGCGAUUAUUGCCUAGUAGGAAAGGUUGACUUUUUCUCAACCGGUAAAAACGCCGUAUGUUUAAUUUUUACUUGAGCUACAGUUAGUCUAAUUAUUAAGCCGCUUUUGAUAAUGUUUUACACCUUUUUUACCGACACCUUUAACACUUUAUUAAUUUUUGCUUAGCGUAUACUUCAAUUUCAUUUUUUGGAAGUGAGCAUUCAUUUAAAAGUUUCAGCUCUGUUGAAUAUUAGUUGCUUAAAGUUUCAGUUUUAAUGAUUGGGAAAUGCGGCAGGGCUUGUUGCCUUGCCGCAUUCAAGCGAGCAAGCUAUUGUUUGAGGAAAUGCUCAUUAUUUACCUGAUGUUUGAAAGUUUCCAACAAUGCGAACUACAUUUGGGGUUUUUUAAAUAUCGGGAGCAUUUCAAUGGCUCGAUCUAGUUUUGAAGUGUAACGUUCCUGUGCCAUUGAUAUUUAGAUUUUUUGGCCACUUUCAAAUACAGUUAGUUUAAGAAAG